GUGUUAUUGACACCGAAUGAGGGCUCCUGUACGCCUUAGUUCGGAUCAGACCUUAGUAGUUACUGAUAUCGACUGUCAUAUCAAUUUGGUCUGACUGGGGAGACUAACAAAUUGUGUCGUUUCCGACUGGGACUGAAGACUACUAUCGAUCUGAAUUCAGCCGUAACCAAACAGGUGAACCAUGCCCAUCAUGAAGCUCAACCUCAACUGCUACUUUCCGGUGGAGCCACCGUUUUUCACGCAAAUCAUUUUUGAGGGCAAUCUCAAAGUCAAAUCACUGUUGAGGGAGGUCCACAAGCAGCUCAAGGAGGAAAGCUAUGAUGUCCCACUGAGGGACCUUGUGCUGUACAAGGCGGAUGUCAAGAUAAAGCCCGAGGUGGAUCUGACAGACCGUGUCAUUCAGUGGCUUCGCAUCCAACCAGAGGCAGCCGAGCUCAGUGUUCUACAUGAUAUUGGAGACGUGUUCACCGAAGCCCUGCCAAAUGGUACUCUUCAUAUCAUUGUUGCCAAUGCCGAGAGUGCGUUUUUUCAUGUGUUUCCAUACCCCUCCCUAGCCCCCUCACCCCGUUUCAGUCAAGGAGCUACUUGACUUUGUUGACGAUCCUCAAGCGCGGUCUCGGAUACAGAUUAAGAAAAAGCUCGGCAAGCAGUUCGCCAAACUAUCAUCCAGCCCCUCCCCAUCUGCAGUUGUAAGGAGCGCUGAUGCAUUGGCAAAGUUCCUCAAUGCCGAUGGCCAUCCUGUGUGCCUCGAUCAAGUCCCAGCCGCCAUGUUCAGCCCGCCACUUGCGCACCUACAACGGGCCCUCGCCGAGCUUGGCGAUCUCGAGGUGACCGAACAUGAUGUCAGCCACGCGUCUAGCUUCCUCAGCAGUACAAUCAUGUCUUAUCACAAUGAGGACAGUCGCCGGAACGCCAUUCGGCAGCACGUCGACCACUUAAUGGGGGAGCCUGGUCAGUGGGAGGAAAGGCUUGACCGGGUGGGGAACAUCCAGCCUGAUGCGAGUUGGUGGCAAGCUUGCGCACUUUCAAGGAUCCUGCAAUUUCCCUGUCUUGCUUCUCGGUCUCUCGGGAAAUCGGAUCGAGAUUGGUGUGGCUGUCUGUGUUGGCUCUAUCUACGCAUCCAGGCUAGUCGCCUUCAAUAUCACCCCCGGAUUUCACUUGUCCGAGAACAUCAUCCAUGCGGCUCGAAUCUUCAGGUGCCUUUCAUCGUGUCGAGCGGCACUGGCAGCGCACUACCGCGCAGUUCAGGGCAACCACGUAACUAUUGCGGCAAUCUACCCUGACCCAACCUCAGUAUCAGGCAAUGCAUUGCCGUGCCUGACCUACCACGGUGUCCUCUUGCGAACCGGCGAGCACAUUUCGACCAGCUUGCCAGACCUGGGAGUUGGGACCACCGCGCUGUACCGGGCUACCCUUGGUGACGCUGCCACCCCUGAUGGUGCUACCGAGGUCGUCGUCAAGUUUGCGAGUCGGUACGGUAAAGCAGCCCACCGCCUCUUAUCCGAUGCCAAACUGGCCCCAAAGCUCCACUGGUGCGAGCCAAUCAUCGGGGGCCUUUUUAUGGUCGUCAUGGACCAUCUCGAAGACGGUGCAUCAAUCUGGCGACUGCGAAACAGUUCAAGGCCCAAACCUGUUCCCGAAGCUGUCUUGAGGGAUGUUAAAAGGGCACUAAAGCUCUUGCACGAGAAUAGGUUUGUGUUCGGAGACCUGCGUGACACGAAUGUUGUUUCUUCCAAGGAGCAAGGGUUUCUCGUUGAUUUCGAUUGGGCUGGGAAGGAAGGAGAGGACAGAUACCCAGCCGCGCUCAAUGAAAAUAAUAAGUGGCAUGCCGAGGUUCGUGCGCACGCCGUUAUGAGCAAGGCGCAUGAUGAUUAUCAGUUCGAACAGUUGGAGGCUCAGCUGAAGUAGUUUGUUGUAUCCUUUCAAGACCUUUUGUACCAUAGCUCCCAAAAUCGCAUUACAUUUGUCACCCACUCAUUUUCACCGGACUUU